AUGAGCAAUUACAUGAUGAGCCACUUAAUGGUACUCAAUGAUGCUGGGAGCGAGACCACUGUGGGAUGGGUGUAUUUGCGCAAAGAGAAAGUUGUUAAAGGCGGUAUAACACCAUAUGCUGGGUUUGCGUCUAAUGCAGACAACCAAGCCUCAAAAAUCCUCCACUUAAUUGACUUAUUCAAUUCAGGUAACCAAGAAAUGAUCCAAGAAGCGAUCACCAGUCUCAUCAACACUCAAGGUUUCAAGGAGAUACUGUGGCAUUCAUUAUUUCGACCCAUUGCUGUGUUAGCUGGAGGACGCGCAAGAUUAGCAGAUUUAUAUCCCGAAGCCAUCCAAACCUUGACAGGUUUUCUGGGAAAGGGUAUUGUGGGCAUACUGACAACUCUGAUCUAUCAAGCAUUUACUCUGCCCUUGCCAUUGAACCUGAACAACCCUAGGUUGAAAUUGUUUGACAUAUAUCCCAUCAUCAUGAUUGCACUGGAUGACAUUGGCCAAGAAGCUCCCCUACCUGCAAGAGCAAAUGUCUUAGUUAUCGACCCCAAGAGCCGAGAACCCAGGACUAUGAUGGUAAAUGGAGUGAAGUGGCCGAGGAACAUGAGUGAUAUUAGGGAUAUAGUUGUCGUGACCACUCCUGAAUUGGAGGUCCCCUAUGCACAAUUCAUGCUUCCACUUUCUUUCAAGGCUGUGACCAUACACAGCUAUACCUAUCAACAGCUGUGUCAGCGAGGUUCAAAUGACAACGAGGUCAUAUUCCAGCAAACAAUUUUGAAGAACCAGAGGUCUUCAAUUGCACCUCUGCGACAAACGCAAAUUCUAGUACUGUGCAUAGAGAUCAUAGACAAUAAUCACUUAGAAGUAAUUUUGAUGGCCAGCUAUCUUGAUACGGCUAGCUAUCUUUGGACAGCCAGGCAUUUUGAUGGCCAGCUUACAAAUGGGAAUGAGAUAAUACAACAAACUUAUUACUCUCAUUACUCUCAACCGUCAUUUAUAAUGUUGAUUCCCUCAUGUCUUCCGCUGUUCAACUCCUUGGCUACUCAAGUCAGCAUGUUUGAACUCUCCAACGCACUACCCAGUCCUAGAUGGCUGGAUUUCUUCAUAAAACUCAUACCAACAGAAAAGCUCCGCACUGAAUUAUAUCUCCUGUACUUCUUGCUCAAAGGCCAAGUGUAUAUCGGCAAUAUUUGGCAAAUAGUUGGGGAACAGAUGUUGGAAAGUAAGAAUUCAUGGAAGGAAAGAGGGACUGAUGUCAGCUGGAAGUAUCUUUGUGCAGCCAGGCCAUUAAUCACCUGGAGCAGCUGCUGGAUGAUGUGUAAGAGACUUCGACUUCAGCAAGCAAAUCACUCUAGUCUUUCGGCUGCUGAGCAAUUCACUUAUACACCGCUAGAACAACAAACAUCGUUCACUGUGAAGAGUUACCUUUGCCCCCACUGCCCUGACUCUCCCACCACUUCUACCAGAGGAAUCCAGAUACAGAUCCCAGACAGGGUUCUCAGUGUACUCCUAAUAAAUUUUAUUAUUCAAGUUGAUGCGGUAAAUGCAAAGAUCACCUUGACUUAUUAUCUGUGUUUGAUAUACACUCAACUUCAACCUAUAAGGCCAAAUAAGGAACAUUGGUACUUAGUUAGACUAAAUAAUGUCUCGCGUCAUCUACAGCCCUCAACUCAGCGACAACGGACUUAUGCAAUUGCAAACGUUGGAGGUGAAUAUGGACUUGAGGUGGCCACCACACCAACUCAUCUGCACCGAACACUAUGUGAGAAAAUGAGAAAACUGUGUGCUGAUGGCUUCACUUGCAUGUGGCGCACAUGCUUGAGAUUGGCGAUGCAAAGGGAAUGCUCAGAAUACAAUACCCUGCAUCACCAUGCAUCAAAGUACAUGCAAUUCAUUGAGUUAUUACCACUAAUUGUGCCAAGACUGAUUGUAGCACAACACCUUCUUGCAAGUUUGCAAGUUAGAAAAUCUAUGUUGGCAACAUUGAACCCUCAACUGCAGGCAGUGGCGGGGCUGUCUCAACAUGGUAUUGGUAUCUGGCCAACACAACUACCCCAUGCAAAUGAUGCACCUGAAGAUACUUCGGUCCCUAAGAGAGCAAUCCAUGAGCCCCAGCCCGCAAUUUUUGGAGAUUGGCAAGAGUUGAUUCACCUGUUAGGCGGGACAUAUUACUAUAAUACUAACAAGAAUGCAUACACAUUGGUGAACCUGAGGAACUACCAAUAUUUACAGAUGCUCAAUGAUUUUGUUGAUGCAUCACAAGCCUCAGCAAAAGAAGACAGCUGGGUGCUGAACUUGAACUUGAAGCUCAAUAUUGCUGUGUUGAUAUUCUGGACUUUGGAUGACAUGAGUCUAAUUAUCACACAACUGGCCAAUAUUGGCAGGAUUUUGUAUAUCCUUUUGAGAGAGAGGCCUAGAAAGCACAAAUUUCUGUCUUGGAUGGCCAACGUUGCAGCUACAGUUCUAUGUAUGCUGAUCACUAUUGAACGCAUCAGGAGUACUUCUGUUGAUGGUAUUAUCAAUGGGGUGGAAGUACAGAUGUUCAUCGAUGAUUUCAGCAGUCAAACUAAAAACCAAAUCACCCUAGCAGGUGUCUCCAUGGCCUUGGAUAUCGCCAUCCUUGCCAUUCCAGGCUUAGGCACAACAGCCAUUGCACAGACGCUGUGCUCCUGCUCCUUCCUUUUGGGUGUUGGUUGCAUUUUGCACAGGCACGAUGGUGCAGCACUUUUAAUUAUCAUCAGUGUGUCAGGUUCCAUCCUUGAAUUCUUGGCAGGUGUCUCAAUCAACUUCAAGCCAUCAACACCCUUAGUAGUUUCAUGCUUUGUUACAAUCAGCAUUGUGGCCUGGCUAGGGCAUGGCCACAGUGAUAUAUUUGUCUGGAAAAUGUGGAGGACAUUCUGCAAGUACCACAGAUUUGGAAUGGAAUGCAUUGGUGCAUAUAUACUUGCAUCUCACAAACCCCACUUGAAGUCAGGACCUAAAGGGUAG